CUAAAAAGGCUUCUAUUACUUUGAAAUAAGCUUCAUUUAAAAAAUUGAUUUCUUAUAGAGGUUUCACACAUUCAAAAGUGACACUUCCAUGCCUUUUGGGUUGGUUUUGUUGUUGGCAUUGGGGGGUGAAGGCGGUCCUUCCCUAUCUUCCACACUCACUCUUUGCUCAUCACUAGAGAAGAGAUGCCAUUAAUAUUCCAGGACAUGGAUUAGGCCACGUUUACCACUAAGAGUCACUCAGCAAUAAAAGAUGAUAUACAUGUGGCUCUCCCUUCUGCAUCAUGCUUCAUGAGCUAGGAGAGAGGAACCAAGCCAAAGCCCCCAAGCCAGCCAUCUUUCUCUUCUUUCUUCCCUGCACAUAGACCUAAGUCCAUCUUUGCUUCAGUCUUCUGUUUCUACUUUACUCCAGGCCAAAAGAUCUUAGCUUUUAAGAUCUUAAAGUAUGGAUCAGAGGAGCAAAUACAGAGGGCCAUGUGCCCUAUCACAGCUUAACUAUAGCUCUCUGUGGGGGUGUCAAGAUCAGCCCAGCCCAAUAACAAUUAAUAAUAAAAUAUUUACAGGUUGCUGCUGAUUCUUCCUCGUGUGGCCUUUUCAGGAACCUCUUGGGGAAUUGGAGGAUUAAGACAUGGUAAGAUUUUAGAUGUUCUUGGGCUCUAAGAUUGAGGGGUUUCCUUGGAGGUGAGACUUGAAGUACAAUGUCUGGGAGAGUUCCAGGCAAACUAGGGUGAGUUGGUCGCCCUGCCCUGUCUUCACACCACCUAAAUCUUAUCCUUAUUGUAAUACAGGUUGGAGGUUUGGGGAAGGUUAUUUUCUAUAAACAUUAACGAGUAAGUCCAUUGGAAAUUAUAAUGGUAGAUUUAUACUGAGCUAUGGUGGAGGGAACACUUUUUAAAUUUGGUACUACCUUAGGAAAAGGUAACACAGUGGCUUUAAAAACAACAACGUAAGUUCAAAAAUACCUUAUUUGGACUUAACAUUCUUCUAUCAUCUCUAUUCUAGCCACUAGGAGAAGAUUAUAGGAAAAACACCAGGACUAGAGGACUCGGGGUUUCUUUUAUGCAAAGUCAACUCUUCUGGGUCACAGUUACCCAGCAACAAAAAUAAAGGGCAAGCUUCACUGCUGAGUUGCUUGGAGGAGCUUGGAGAAACCAGAAGUGUGAACCAGAAGAAGCAAGGAAGGCCGUGGAAUGUCAGGGGCCCCUCUCCCAGAGGAGGAGAAAUAAAUGAAGAAAUCAGCAUUGGAGAAACACUGGCAGAGAUUCAAAGAAGCCACUAAACCAGAAGAACAUGGAUGGACUUGGUCAAAAUUCGGACAAUGGAUUACUGGUUACACAUGUUAACCAGACACAGGACUUACUGAGGCUGCAGGGGAGCGAGACCCAGUCUUCAGAUUGGGAGGACUCUGAAGACUGGCUUUCAGCUCACAGUUUAAAGUGUCAGAAACUCACCUUGGCUGACCUGAUAAGCCAGGGCACAGCAGUGCUGGAGGAGGGCACCAAUGUCGUGCAGAAAAUACGUUUCUCCACCCAGAUCAUCCACUACUUUGAGUCAAAGCUUUCUGACACUAUUGAACUCUAUCAACAAAGAAUUCAGUGGCUCACAGAAAACAGCAAGAAGGCAUUUGGCCUCAUCAAAGGGGCCAGAGUCAGCGUCCUCAUAGAUGUGUCAUCCGUCGGCAGUGGCCCUCAGAAAGAGGAGUUCCAAAAGGACCUCAUGAGCCUCAUCGAUGAGCAGUUGAGCCACAAGGAGAAGCUGUUUGUCCUGUCCUUUGGAACAACCACCAGGUCCCUCUGGCCAGACCCCAUGGAAGUCAGCGCAUCCACCCUCCGGGAACUUAAGCUGUGGGUAAAGACACUGCAGCCUGCUGGAGGCAGCAACCUGCUACAGGCCCUGAAGAAGAUCUUCACUCUCAAGGGGCUGGAUUCCCUGGUGGCCAUCCUGAGAAGUUGCCCAGAUCAGCCUUCUGAAAUCCUGUCCGACUACAUCCAGCAGUCCACCAUGGGAAGAGACCUCAUUGUCCACUUAAUCACCUACAAAUGCGAUGAUCAGAUGCCCCCUGCUGUCCUGAAGAACCUUGCAGAAGCUAUUAGCGGCUACUACCACUGCUACAGCCCAAAGAUGGAGCUCUAUACCAGCCGGGACGUGGAUGAGCUCCUGGCAGAAAUUCAAAAGGCCCAGAGCCUCCUUGGCCACAUGCAAGCCCUGCAGCACAGCAGCCCCUGUGAGGCGCUCACCUGCACCAUGGAGGAGAUUUCCACAGAGAUUGCAAAAGGGCCACUCAUAAGCCUCUUGCCUAAACCUCCAAAGCAUGACGCUCCUCUCACUAUUGAGUUUCCAAACUUGGACAAGACUUCUGCAGAGUGGCUUAAGGUCAAUGGUCUGAAAGCCAAGAAAUUAAGUCUAUAUCAGGUCCUGGCACCCAAUGCAUUUUCUCCUGUGGAGGAAUUUGUACCUAUUCUCCAGAAAACAGUAUCAUCGACUGUCUAUGAGAAGGCAAUGAUACAGUUUGAAUGGCAUGAUGGGACAGUGAAGAACAUUCAUGUGGACCCACCCUUCCUCUAUGAGUACCAGAGACAGCUCAGCAGAACUAUGCGGAUGUACGAGAGGAGGAUCGAGUGGCUAUCCCUGGCCAGCAGAAGAAUCUGGGGCACUGUCUGUGAAAAAAGGGUGGUUAUACUGCUCGAUAUCUCUGCGACCAAUUCCAUGUACAUUAUUCAUAUCCAGCACUCCCUGCGGCUGCUGCUGGAGGAGCAGCUGUCCAACAAGGACUACUUCAACCUCAUCGCGUUUGGAAGCACAAUUGAAAGCUGGAGGCCUGAGAUGGUUCCCAUGAGCCACGACAAUUUACAGAGUGCCUGGCGGUGGGUCCUGAACCUGCGGUGUCAGGGCAGCAGGAACGUUCUCAGUGCCCUGCGGAAGGCUGUGGAAGUGGACUUCAAGGACAAAGAUAAACACCAAUCGCAGGGAAUCUACCUCUUCACCGGGGGCAUCCCCGACCAGGAUAUGCCUACACUCAGCGCCUACAUGGCCGAGGCCUGUGGCGGCUGUGACCUCCAGCUGAAUGUGUGUCUCUUCUACGUGGGUGAGCCAAAGAUGGACACCACGCCCCCUGCCUGCUAUGCCAGCCGCACCGACACAGCUGCUGCCUACCGGGAGGUCACCCGGGCUGCAGGUGGCCGCUUCCACUGGUUUGGAGACACAGGCAUUUAUGAGAGUGAUGACAUCAACUCCAUCAUGUCUGAGAUGGAAAAGGCUCUCAACUACUCCCAAAAGUGUGCCUUCCUCAUGGCCUCCCUGAAGAACCAUUCAGGAAAAGAACUGGGAAGUGCAGCCCUCCCAAAAGAAAAACCAAAGACGCUUCAGCAAAGAAGUCAGCCCAAGAAGUUCGGCCUUCCCAGGCCCACCACUCCCUUGGGGUCCAGAAUGAGCGUUAAAGAUGACCCUGACAGAGAGAAGAGCCUCCCCUUGAAAUCUCCGAAAUGGCGUCCACUCAGCAGCAGAGCUGGCAUCUCACCAGCUGCAGCCCAGCCAGUGAAAGAAGGGAUGAUGGAACGGAGGAGGAAAACCAGGUCAAGGGAAGCGGAGACAUCUCUUUCACUGUUCUACACAGAGACAGGGAAUAACGUGGGCUCGGUGUACAAGAAGUACCCUCAAGGAAGGGGUGUGAGAAGAACUAGCUCUUCUAUGGACUUACCCAGAAAGGAUACAGUUUGCUCAAGCCAAGAGUGGGUGGCAAAAUAUGGGCUGAAAAAAUUGAAGCUGGAGAUUUCCAGAUGCAUGGGUCCCAACUGCACUCAUCAAAAGUCAGGACAGAGGUCAUCAUCAGCCAGACACUGCAGCAUCUUCCCCAGCAUUGAGAUCCAUGGAGUGGUGAGACACAUUCAGUGGAUGCCCAGGGAGAUGGAGGUGUACAUCAGGUGCGUGGAGAAGGUGUUAAGAUGCUACGUCCAGAGGCUGCAGUGGCUGCUGUCCGGGAGCCGCCAACUGUUUGGCACCGUUUUGGAGAACAGAGUAUGCAUUCUGCUGGACACAUCAGGGUCCAUGGGCCCCUACCUGCAGCAAGUUAAGACAGAGCUGGUUCUGCUGAUUUGGGAACAGCUGCGGAAGCGCUGCGACAGUUUUAACCUGCUCAGCUUUGCAGAGGGCCUUCAUUUGUGGCAGGACACACUGAUGGAGACCACAGAUGCAGCGUGUCAUGAGGCUAUGCAAUGGGUGACCCACCUGCAAGCUCAGGGCAGCACCUCCAUCUUGCAAGCAUUGAUGAAGGCUUUCAGUUUCCAUGAUCUGGAAGGAUUGUACCUCUUGACUGAUGGAAAGCCAGACACGAGCUGCAGCCUUGUCCUAAACGAAGUCCAAAGACUCAGGGAGAAAAGAGAUGUGAAAGUGCACACCAUUUCCUUGAACUGCUCAGACAGAGCUGCGGUUGAGUUCCUGAGAAAGCUGGCUUCCAUCACCAAUGGACGCUAUCACUGCCCUGUGGGUGAGGACACACUCUCCAAAAUUCACAGCCUGCUGACCAAAGGCUUCAUCGAUGAAAAGGAUCCUACGCUGCCACCAUUUGAAGGUGACGAUUUAAGGAGACUGGCCAAGGAGAUCACCAAGGCCAGAAGCUUCCUCUGGCAGGCCAAAUCCUUCAGAUCCCAACUCCAGAAGAAAAAUGAUGCAGAACCAAAGAACAUGCUUUCCUAGAGGAGUGUUCUCAGAGAUGGGGUUUUACUAUGUUACCCAGGCUGUUCUCAGACUCUUGAACUCAAGUUAUCUGCCCACUGCAGCCUCCCAAAGUUCUAGGAUUACAGGCAUGAGCCACCACGCCCAGCUGAACAAGAGUUUUCAAAGGAUGAUAUAAUCCAGCACUGAAGAAACACCCAUCAAAAGCAGCAUGAUGUGAUUGGUGCAUAAAGCAACAGAGAUGAGUGGAAGAUUGCAAGACAGGAAGACUAGAUAGAUGGGUAGAAGGAAGGAAAGAAACAUAGAUAGGAUGAAUUAGACAGGUGGAAGGUUGGAUGGAUGGAAGUUUUGAUGGAUAGGUGGAGGCAUAGAUGAUGGAAGAUUGUAUGGACAGGUGGAAGAAUAGAUGGAUGAAACGUUGUAUGGACAGGUGGAAGUACAGAUGGUUGGAAGGAUGGAUGGAUAAGUGGAAGGAUGGAUGGAUAGGUAGAAGGAUGGAUGAUGGAAGGUUGGAUGGAUAAGUGGAAGGAUGGAUGAUGGAAGGUUGGAUGGAUACGUGGAAGGAUGGAUGAUGGAAGGUUGGAUGGAUAAGUGGAAGGAUGGAUGAUGGAAAGUUGGAUGGAUACGUGGAAGGAUGGAUAAGUGGAAGAUUAGAUAGAUAAGUGGAAGGAUAGAUGAUGGAAGUUUGAAUGGAUAAGCAAAGUUGGAUGGAUAAGUGGAAGGUUGGAUGGACAAGUGGAAGGUUAGGUGGGUAAGUGGAAAGUUGGAUGGGUAAGUGGAAGGUUGGAUGGAUAAGUGGGAGGUUGGAUGGAUAAGUAGAAGGAUGAAUGGAUAAGUGGCAGGUUGGAUAGAUGGAUGGAAGGUUAGAUAGAUAAAUGGAAGAAUGGAUGCUGGAAGGUUAGAUGCAUAGGUGCAAGGAUGGAUGGAUGAAAGGUUAUAUGGAAGGUGGAAGUACAGAUGGAUGGAAGGCUAAAUGGAUAAGUGGAAGGUUGGAUGAUGGACGGUUGGAUGGAUAAGUGGAAGGAUAGAUGAUGGAAGUUUGAAUGGAUAAGCAAAGGAUGAAUGGAUCAAAGAUUGGAUGAAUAAGUGGUAAGUUGGAUGGAUAAGUGGAAGAUUGGAUAGAUAAGUGGAAGGAUGAAUGGAUAAAUGGAAAGUUGGAUGGAUAAGUGGAAAGUUGGAUGGAUAAGUGGAAGGUUGGAUGGAUAAAUGGAAGGAUGGAUGGAUAUGUGGAAGGAUGGAUGGAUAGGUAGAAGUAUGGAUGAUGGAAUAACUUUUUUGUUUUUGUUUAAAUAUUUGCAAAUUAUUUAUCUAACAAGGGAUUUAUAUCCAGAAUAUAUAAAGAACUCUUAAAAGUCAACAAAUAACUCAACUGAAAAUGGGCAAAGGAUUUGAAUAGACACUUCUCCAAAGAAAGCACAUCAUUAACGUGCCAAUGAGCACAAGAAAACAUGUUCAGCCGCAUUAACUAUCAGGAAAUACGAAUGAAACCACAAUGAGAGACCACUUCACAUCCAAUAGAAUAGCUAAAAUUUAAAAAAUAGAUAAUAACUGUUGGUAAGGAUGUGGAAAUAUUGGAACCCUGUACACUGCUGGUAGGAUUGUAAAAAUGGUACAGCUACUUUAGAAAACAGUUUGGCAUUUCUUCUCUUAAAAACAAGGUAAUCAUAUGACCCAGCAAUUCUGCUCCUAGAUAUAGAUGAAACACUGUUCUUAGGGUUCUAUGACGAUUUGGCUGGCAGGACAGAGCCCAUCACGCAAGGCCUUUGCGUCUUU